AUGAUAGCCAUCUUCAAGUAUAUGAAGGGCUUUUAUAUAGAAGAUGGAGAAGAGUUGUCUUCUGUCACCCCAGAAGGACACGGAGGAUUGAACCAGCUGGGUGGAGCCUUUGUGAACGGCCGACCCCUGCCAGAGGUGGUACGGCAACGCAUUGUGGACUUGGCACACCAGGGCGUGAGGCCCUGUGACAUCUCCAGACAGCUGCGAGUCAGCCACGGCUGCGUCAGCAAAAUCCUGGGCAGGUACUACGAGACUGGCAGUAUACGGCCAGGUGUUAUUGGGGGCUCCAAGCCCAAGGUGGCAACACCCAAGGUGGUGGAGAAGAUUGGCGACUACAAACGGCAGAAUCCGACCAUGUUUGCUUGGGAAAUCCGGGACCGCCUCUUGGCAGAGGGUGUCUGUGACAAUGACACCGUUCCCAGUGUGAGCUCCAUCAACAGGAUCAUUCGCACCAAAGUGCAACAGCCAUUUAAUCUCCCGCUGGACAACUGUGUGAUGUCAAAAACCUUGAGCCCUGGUCAUAACCUCAUUCCUAGCUCCACUGUGACUCCACCAGAGUCCCCUCAGUCGGAUUCUCUGGGCUCCACCUACUCCAUCAAUGGUCUUCUGGGGAUCGCUGUGCCUAGCAGUGACAACAAGCGGAAAAUUGAUGACAGUGACCAAGAAAGCUGUCGGCUCAGCACAGACUCCCAAGGCAGCAGCAACUCCUCCCACAAACACCUGCGCAGUGAAACCUACGGGCAGCACCUCCUGGAGUGCCCCUUUGAAAGACAGCACUGCCCGGAGGCCUAUGCUUCCCCCAGCCACGCCAAGGGAGAGCAGGGUAUUUAUGCAUUGCCCCUGCUGAACAGUGCCAUGGAUGAAGGCAAAGCCAUGCUGACGCCUUCCAACACACCACUUAGCCGCAACCUGGCUGCCCACCAGACAUACUCUGCUGUGACAGAUCCCUCUUUGCCCUUCCUUGUGAAGCAGGAACCCCCUGAAGUCUGCAGUACUCGCUCCACCCCUUCCUCCUUAUCUAGCCCUGCAUUUUUGGACUAUCAGCAAAUUGGCACCGGAGGCUCUGUCCUGCCUUGCAAUGCCUUUUCUCACACGACCUCUGCCUAUGGCCAGUUCACAGGCCAGGCCUUUGUCUCAGGGCGUGAAGUGGUUGGUUCCACCUUGCCUGGCUACCCUCCCCACAUCCCAGCCAAUGGGCAGGGAAGCUACAGCUCUUCUGCAAUUGCUGGCAUGGUGGCAGGAACUGAUUAUUCCGGGACCGCGUACAGCCACACCCCGUAUUCGACCUAUGGGGAUACCUGGCGCUUCCCCAACUCAGGCCUACUGGGCUCCCCGUAUUAUUACAGUUCACCAUCACGGGGUCCGGUGCCCCCCGCCGCCACAUACGACCACUUGUAG